GGGUUUUUGAGGAGAAGGGCUGACCGCGCGCACCCCUGAGUCGCAGGAGCGGAUGCUACAGUUGUCUAGUGGAAAUCAAGAGGAAGAGUUUUGCUUAUUUUCCAUCACCAAGGAUUUGAAGAGGUUUCGAGAGUUAUGUCUUCAGUUUGGAGGACUCCCCGUGGAUCAGACGCAAUGCCUGAGAUGGUGGUGAAAAUCGUAGGAAGUAAACACUUUCGAUACCUUGUGGAGAGGCCAAAGAUUAAAGAAGAUGAGAACUUGAAGGCAGAAACUCAAAUAGUGCUCCAGAAAUCAGUGACUGAUAAUGCAAGGCAGACAAGCAAAGACCCCCCAGUUCCUGCUAAUCCCACUGAUCAUCAAAUCAAUCUUGACCCAGAUGAUGUGGAAGAGAACAAGCAUCCAGAGAGCAACCGGAAACCAGAGGACAACCAGAAACUCAGCUGCAGAUUUCUGGAUAACAAAAUUCCCAAUCAGGCAAACAUCUACUGCAGCUCUGUACCAACUGGAGACCAGUCCCUGUCCUAUAUCCAUGGCCUUCCCAGGAGAAACCUUAGAGACUGGUCCUUAGAACAGAUGGCAAGGGACAGUUCUGACCAACCCAAGGAUAUUGGCCAGAGGCCAAGUGGACCAAUAAAAGAAGACAUUUUUCUUAUUGCCCUGGUAAGAAGAGAACUCAAGUCACACCCUUUGAGUCCUGGCUUAUUAGACAAGCUUCAGGAAGAGCUUAAGAUCCUGGAUCCUGUGUUUUCAGGAUUUCUCCUCCAGUCUCAGCUGACCCACCUCUUCUUGAGGUUUGAAGUCCCUCUGCAGUUGCCAACAGUCAAGAUCCUUUGCCAGAGGUUUUCUGGGACGGGCUCUCCUGAAAUGGUGAAUUACGAAAAGCUACUCUGGUUUUUAAAAGUCGCCACUUCAGAUGAUCCACAGCAAAACAAAAGGGCUGAGGAUAACAACAUGAAGGAAAUUCAGGGUGGUAGCCAUCGAAGCAGUACUGCUCCUCAGGACUCCAGCUCCCAGUCAGAUGUGAACAAGAGCCUGUUGGAGAUCUUGAAGAUGACACUGAGGGCAGCCAAAGGCAAACUCAACAUAGAGAACCUCAACCUGAGUUUUCGUAAAGAAGAUCACUCGUUCUCUGGCUACUUGCCCCCACCCAAGGUCAGGGCUAUAUGUGGGAAACAUGGAUUAUAUUUGACUUUGAGCCUUCUGGAAACAUUGCUUAACCAUCAAGAUCUGGGUUACCAAGGUGAAAUAAAAUGGCAGAAUUUUGUUAAGUUGUUGAGCAGAGCUUCCUCUGAGUUGUCACCUGAUUUACCUACAGGAAAGAAAGGAAAGGAAACCUCUCCUGCUCCAGCACAACCUGAAGUUCCUGAGGUAUCUCAAGGAAAAACUGAACAUAUGAAAACUCCAGAAGAGGAUUUGCAGCCAGAAAACCCUUCUGCUGAGACAUCAGUUCCCAAAGAUCUCCUGAGCGCUGUGAAGAUCAGGCCAGUCUCACAGCCUUUUGUGAGUCCAGUGAUGAAAAAUGCAUCUGAAGAAUGUGAGAUAUGGAGCGACAGAUUCAGGAGGCUAGAAAAUGCCCUCUACCUGUGUGAUCUGAAUAAUACAGGAGUCGUGGAGAAGGAACGGGCCAGACGCCUCAUUCACAACUACAAUCUCAUUUACAACCUGUCCCUGAGCCCUCGAAAAAUCGACCAAGCCUUGCGGAGAUUCCGUGCGGGAGAAAAUAUGCUUCUGGAGCCAGCGCUUCAGUACUUAAAGGAACUAUGAUAACAAGCCCAUAUUGUGAGAACAGAUGUUCCCUUUAUCUCGCUUUUUACCCAGACACGUGUUUCCCACCCCACCCCCACCCCCGCCUGAGUGCAGUGGUGGAGGCACUGUCAGAGCUGAGGCUGAUGCAGCUAUUGUAGACAUUUUGAACUUGGACUUGGUUUCUGGCUAUGAUGCUCGCUCAUAAGCAGCUCAAAGUGAUCUGAGAAAACCAGGUUUUUCUGUUCUGAGGUGGCAAGAACCCAGUUUCUUAAAACACCCUUCUAUUCUUUUAAAGCUGAUGAUGAAUAUUCCAUGAUUUUUCUCUAUAUUUCUUAUCACACCGUGGUUUUGCAAGCCCUGCAAUUCCAUACUGUUCAAAAGAAGCUAGAUGUUGUCAACUCCCAAAAAUGCCUGUCACAUAGUAGAUCUAAAUAUAUCUUCUUUGGAUGAGUAAGUCUGCCCUUCCUCUAGCCACCAUUCUAGGAAGGAUUUCCAUAUUAUAAGAAAAAGAAAAGUAUUAGAAAUAUAUUAUCUUAAUACUAAUCAGUAGAAGCAGAAUUUUAACUGAGAUUUUCUGAACAAGUCCAAUAUUUUCUCCAAUACAAAACUAGAUAAUGUUAUUCUGUCUUCAGGGAUAUUUUCCCAGAAUAUUUGAUACAAGUUUUCAAGAGAGAUGCCUGGGACAAAGGAUUCUGGAAAUAAGUAACAUCUUCUUUGCUUCCUCUGGCAGGAACAUCAAGAUAGUUACUGGACUCAAUCAUAAGGUCCUGAAGGGCACUGAUUUCCCUUGCCCCAUCCUUUGUGCCCAACAUCUCAUAGAGCUCCUGCACACAGCCUCAGUACCCACCCACCAACAUACAUAACUGGAGGUGAAUCCAUUGACACAGAAUGAGGCAUGAAAGCUGCCCUCAAAUACAUGGGACCCUGUAGGUUGCACAUACCCUAUACUCCUGCAGCCCUGGCUGAGGAAAUGCUUCUGUAAGUGGGGUAACCAUGGCCAGAUCUGGAUCCACAGUCACCCCACUAACCACCACCAUCCAUCCUUCAACACAGCAGAAAACCAGGCAGAUCCUAGCUCUGGCACUUAGUAGGUGACAGCUUUGGCGAAUGUUUGAUCUCCCUGAGCUUCUUCAGUUCCUUCAUGUGUGAAACAGGAGUAAUUGUACUUUUCAAGGGAGUGUUAUAAACACUGGAAACCAUGCCAUUUGGACAGUUGCUUGUAUGCAGUAGCUGCUGAGCUUUAGGAAAUUUGAACAAUGGUCUGUGUGAAAUGACCUAGGGAGGUAAGGCUACCACUACAGCACAGACAAAGUUUGAGAUAUAUCUGCCUUCUAGAGCCAAAUGCCAAUUGCUCUUGAAUCAUCUACUGUCUGGAGUUCUCCACAGCUUCACCCCAGGGUGUGUGUGGUGUAUGUGUGUAUGAGGAGGUGUAUUUGCAUGACUUGCACUUGCUAACAUAAAUACUCAUUAGCUUUACUCUGAGUAAGCAUUUAAAAAAAAUAAAAACUCCACUUUAAUCACAGAGAACAGCUUAGAAAUCUAGGUGACCCUGUGACAGCAGAGGUUAAAUGAGGCAAACCACUGGACACAAGCAGCAGAAUGCCAUGAGAUCAUUGUGCUUCAGAAUAUGUUUAUAGCUUCUAUGCUAGGGCUUCUCCAGGGUUUACUUAUGGAAAAUAUGAUACCUUUCUUUUUUCCCAGGUCAGUGGUAUUUCAUAUGCUCCCUCUGACUGUGUUGUUGUGAACCUCAAAUAAACACUGGGUAGACGGAA